ACACCUAAUGAUAGCAGUAAUGGAGCAGGAGAGAAUAGUAGUGGAGGAGGAGCCACUCCAUCAACAAGUACUACACCACCUCAUGACUCAAUUAAUGAUGAUCCUUCUCAGUUAGUCCAUGAGGUAGGAUCCCAUACUACUGAUGAACCAACAGUACAACAGUCAGAUCAUGCACUAAGUGAUUCUGAUGGGCCUACAGCUACUGUACCCAGUGAACAGUGUCCAGCAAGGAAUGAUGAUGAAUCACUACAAUCCUCUACUGAUCAUUCCACUGCACUUUCAGACAAUAAUGCAGCUUCUCGUGAUACAUUAUAUUCUGGAAUUAUCUACUAUGAUAAGAAAGAAGCCGGUCAUUGGAAAGCUAUGUAUUCUGUUGUUAGAGAUUUGGAAGUUCUUAGAAGGCAUUUAGAAAGCAAGCACAAAUCAAGUAUUGAAUAUGAUGAUGUUGUUGACUCAUUUAAGUUUAUUCAACCAAAUAGAACUCUUGAAUUGACACUACACACUACACAGCAGGCAGGAUGGACUGUUAAUCCUACCAGAAAUCCAAUGAAAUUAUUUCAGUCAAGAGUAGAAAAGUUUCCAUUAACUCCUUCAUAUGCAACCUGCAGUGUAUCUGUGUAUGCUGAAAUUGGUGUUACUAAAAAGCCACUUCAUUGUCCCAUUGAAUUAACUGGAAUAGAUCCUCCAAUAAUAAUUUACAUCGACAGAUCACCUCCUCUUCUAUCAAUAAACUCUAGCUCUACCGCUGCUGCUGCUACUAACAGGCAGUCUGACAGAGAACAUCAAAAUGCAUCACGCUAUAGCCUAACAACUAAAGAUUUACAUGAAGUAUUAAAUGAUUUGAGGAGAGGUGGUUUUUCUGAUGGAAGCUAUUUUGAACUUGGUCUGGAAUUAGGCCUGCAUCAUCGGACACUGAAUAAUAUCAAAUCGGACAACAUGGCAUCUGUAGACCAUCUUAGGGAGUGUAUUUCAAAAUGGCUGAUGAGAUUAGAUGAUGUUGAUAAACGUGGAGGAGCAAACUGGACGACGUUAUGCAAUGCAGUAGAAAAGAUGAACCGAGCAGCAGCUGAUUCUAUUAGAGCUAAACACAAUAUAUUGGCCUCACAACCAAUUGAACAGAGCUGCCCUCAAAAUGAUGUUGAACCAGACACACAAAAUACAGGAGAGUCUACUAGUAAUGAGGGAGUAGAGGGAGAGGGGGAGACUGGAGGUGAGCCAUUACAUGAGGAAGGAAAUGAAGAGCAAGAUAAUGAAAGAGUAGAAGAGUCAAAGGAUCAUGAAGAACCACGGCAUGAAGAAGCAACUGCUCCAAUACCUAGAACUGAGAUUAGUUCAGAUUUUAAUAGUAAAGUAGUAGUUUCCACUGGUAUAGUAGAGAAUAUGGCUUAUGCUGGACUUGUUUAUUAUGAGAAGAAAGAAGCUGAAGAUUUAGUGACAUAUACUGCUGCUAAAGAUCUUAAUGCACUGCUUGAGUUUAUUGAUAAGAGACACUCUCAAGCUGAAGUUGGGCAAAAUAUUCUCUUUCGUUUCAAAGAUCAUGAAGGAUGUAUUGAAUUGAAGUUUGAUGGACCUCAAGAAAAAACAUGCACUGGUUGGACUAUUGAGCCUCACCUUAAGCCUUGUAGAUUUCUACGUUUUGAUGUUGAUAAGUUUGGUGAAGCUAAUUAUCCUCUUCCUUCACGUUGUCUAAUAUCAGUAUAUGGGUCACCUGGUGCUGUACCAUCAUUGCACUAUUCUAUACCACUGGAUGGAGUGGCUGAUCCUAAGACAUUAUUCAUUCACCGAUCACUGAGAACUACUCCUUCAUUAACAAAUCCUACUACCCCCUCCUCCUCCUCUAACGUAGUAGAUGAGUCAACAUUAGUAUCUGAAGCUAGUAAGUUGAUAUUAACACAAUAACACACUAAUCACUGAAUUUGUAUCA